AUGUCUCGUCGCGCACCCAACGCGUCCUCUUCCAACGCCGUGGCCACCGCUCACUCCCUUGUCAUCCUCGGCGAGUAUACCCACACACUCGACUCUCUCCCGCUCGACCUCUCCCGCAACUUUGCCGAGUUUCGCGAGCUUGAUGCUGUCCUAUCUGCCUCGAUGACAUCCUUGACCGCCAAGAUCACCCAACUCACCAACAUGCUCGAAACCAACGUUGGGUCCAAGGAGGAACGCCUGUGGCUGCUGGCCGACAUCGCAGAGGAAGCCACCCGCCUCAAGCUCGGCAGCGAGGACAAGAUACGCGUUGCUUGUCAUGCUGCAGACGGCCUCCGUGGUCACAAGUCGCAUAUGAAAGCCCUCCUGCAGAACGUUCCAGACCGCGACUUCGAUAGCAUCGAUGCACUCUGCCGGAAGACGGUCUACCCUCAUGUGGCGCCUUACUCUACCUCAUUGCAAGGCGGCCUCGGAGAAGGGCGCCGACAGAGAAGAGGAGCGUAUGGGAGUUUGCUUGCGAGCGGCUCAGUGGACGCAAGCCCAGCGAAGCGGAAGAGGGCAGCGGGGAGAGAUGAUGAGUCGGAGGCGGUGGGCAAGACGCCGAGGAAAGAGAGGAAUGCUGACGCUGGACGGCAGCGCAAUGGUCCGAGAAGCAAACGGCCCGAUCGUGCCGCUUCACCCGCUGAAUCCCUGAUGUCGGUGGCCUCGCACUUGCCACCGAGCGCGCAAAUCUUGGGCGCUCCUCACCCUCGCCAGAAUGCCCCCUCUCGCUCGGGUAACGGCAAUGCAGCCAACAAACGCUCUCGUGCAGCGCAAAACCAUGAACACCAUGCCUCGACACCAGUUGACCAAGUACACGAGAUGUAUGUCCCACCUCCCUCAGCCUCCGCUGCACACCCUUCUCUUCCGAACCCGUUCGCGCACACUCUGAACGGGAUGGGCGAGUGGACGCCCGGCCAGCUGGAGGGCCCUGGGAUGCCAGUUGCCCGCAAUUUCGUCAACACCUCUGCUGUUGUAGUCGACGAGAACGAGGGCGCUGUUGCACCUGCUGGGGAAGGCGAGGGCGAGGGCGAUGACGGCAAGACGUAUUGUGUGUGCAAUGGUGUCAGUUACGGAGAGAUGAUCGCGUGUGACGAUGCUAGCUGUGAUACUGAAUGGUUCCACCUCAUGUGCGUGGCCUCCAAAUACCACCAGUUGGAGAGUGUCUCAUUCCUGGAUCUUCCAGAGCUCGCCAGCGUUGCUCGUGUCUCUUGCGUCCUCGCGUGCUAUGCCGAAGACCCCGUACUGCACCAUCACCGCCUCCAUGUAGUCGCGCCCUCUCGUGUGUCGCACUCCCUGUUCGGACAGAAUUCGGAGGGUACACCCUUGCGGCCAACGGUCAGCGACCUAGUGCAUCGCGGGAUCAUGCGCGGCCUUGGAAUAGAACGACGGUGGAGAGCGGGAAUGUACUUUUACUCGCAGCACAUGGUUGCACAGUACGAGGUCUCCCUCCGCCUCCAGCGCACGCACGCGGGCAACAUCGUAGAGUCCGCCCUGCGGCGACGCUCUCCCACUAGCCUCUUCCAUGUCUACUCCGCGCGCGUCCUCCCAGACGAGCUCUCCUCCGCGGCGAUCUCGCCGUCACUCAUCCCUGCCAUGCGCAAGCUGAAGUGGUCCAUCCAGCGCGACCGCCUCGCGAAGCUCGUCAAGGCGCGCAGCGAGAUGGUACGGAACGGCGGCGCCGUGGCGUGGCUCGAGGACAGGGGCAAGGCAGUCAUGCGGAGGGAGAACGAGCGCGUGCGCUUGGCUCUGUGCCCCGGGAUUGGAGGAAUCGUGAGGUUUUAUGAGAACCUCGGUCACUGA